CAAACUUGGAAGGGAGUAGUAUUUUAUUUAAUUCAAAUCUAAAAAAUAACAUUGCGAUCGUUAUUUUCGUUGUCUGCUCUCUGCUCGUGUUAUCGCUUCCUCCGCGACCUCUACUCUGCCAUUCAGACCUUGAGCGUCGGUAUGGCGAAGGCCAUAAUUGCGCCGUCGAUGCUGUCAUCGGACUUCGCCAAUUUGUCCACUGAAGCCCAAAAGAUGCUCCGCUGUGGCGCCGAUUGGCUCCAUAUGGACAUCAUGGUACUUCCAUUUUUUUACUUCUCCUACUUUAAGAUUAGAGUCACAAAUCUCCCUUGCUUUGUUUUGUAGUCCUUCGGUUGGUUUAGCUAAAAAUUACGAUUAAAUGUUCAGUUGCUCUGAUUUCAAUCUCAAAUUUUAAGUUCACUUAUUCUUGUUUAGGUUUAGCCCCAAAUUUGAACCUUUUAGAUGUCUUGUCUUUUUCUUUGUAUGAAUGACUAAAAUAUGAGGGGUGAAAAUAAGUGAAAGAAGGUAAGAGACAAUUUAAAAACGGUGAUAAAUUUGUUAGAUGAGAUGAAAGAAAUGAGCAGUGGAGUUGGGUGCAUACAACUAGGAGAAACGAAAAUUUCCCUUUCCUUUUUUAUCCCCAUUUUCUGCCCUUCCAAAAAUGGCAUGCGUAUUACAUUAGAAGUUGCAGCUUUGUGCUUUUAUCAUUUACUUAAUCCCUAAGCUGUUUUCUGACGAACUUUAUACUCAUGCUGGGCUAAAAUUUUCUCUGUACGAUUGCAGGACGGGUAGGUCGAAUUUAUGGUGUGGCAUACCUAUUCUUACACAUGUCUUAUGGGGAACAUGUAUCAAUUAAUAAAAGCAACUCAAGUGAUUACCUUCAUGCAAAAUGUGACCGCAAUUACUUUGUUGUGUUCUUUUGUUGCAGUCACUUUGUACCAAAUCUAACAAUUGGUGCUCCAGUUAUUGAGAGCUUGAGAAAGCACACAGAUGCAUAUUUAGAUUGCCAUCUCAUGGUGACAAAUCCUCUGGAUUAUGUUGAACCAUUAGGAAAAGCUGGUGCUUCAGGUUUUACAUUCCAUGUUGAGGCAUCAAAGGAUAAUUGGCAGGAAAUUGUCCAAAGGAUAAAAUCAAAUGGCAUGAAACCUGGUGUUUCAUUGAAGCCCGGUACUCCAAUUGAAGAAGUCUUUCCGCUGCUUGAAGGUGAAAACUCAGUUGAAUUAGUUCUUGUGAUGACUGUUGAACCUGGAUUCGGAGGACAGAAGUUUAUGCCUGAAAUGAUGCAUAAGGUACGUGAACUAAGAAAAAGGUACCCAACCGUCGACAUUGAGGUGGAUGGUGGUUUAGGAGCUUCAACAAUUGAAAUGGCUGCUUCAGCUGGAGCAAACUGCAUUGUUGCUGGAAGUUCUGUUUUUGGUGCUUCUGACCCAGCUCAUGUCAUAUCACUAUUGCGUCACCGCGUAGAGGCAGCCCAGAAUGGCAACACUGGGUUCUGAUUCACCCAAAACAACCUCUCUGUAUUGUGAUUAAAAUUGAAUUCCCAUAGAUAUUUAUCACAGAAUAAUAAAUAAGAGUACUCAGUUACUGGAUUACAUCCUUAAUGUGAUAUUGUCAAACCAGCACUAAAUAUUACUCCCUAAAUUUUCUUUCCUGUCCGAAUUUACCAUACACCGUAAUACCGAAAAUCC